ACGCCCUUCAGUUUGAGGAAUCCCAUGCCCGUCACUCGUUUGCUCUGGCACUCUUCUCUUUGCUCCUCAUUGAAGUGUGAGCCCAGAAAUACGACAAAUGAUUUCUUAUCCAGAUGCCAAACUGCUGGGUUUCAAUAGGCUUUGAAGGCAAAGGUCAUACAGGUGUGUCUAUCUCUUUCUAGAGACACCCAUACCUGCGUGAGGAUGGGUUGGCUGUGGUUUCUAUGGAGGGCAGGGACUGUCUUUGCCCUUGUGUGCACACUCUCUGCUUGUCCUUGCUACACAGUAGGUGUUUGUUGAGCUAACUUACUUGGCUUGUUUUUCCAAAACUUUUUUCAGGCCAGCCAGUCAUUGCAGGGGCAAAGAGGCUUGGGAUUUGCUCAGGACGAUUACAUAGACCUCACUAGCUUUAUAGCCUAUGUCUUAGACGGAUCAUGAAGUGUAUGUGUGUCUAUGUAGAUAUCCAUCUCACCUUGGGAGACUCGAAUAAUUAUUCUCCACCAGGUUCAUUAAUUAAUUUUGCUCUCCUGUUAAGAUGCCUACGAGCCAAAAGCAGCAAGAAAAAAGUCAGGGAUCUCUGUUCCCAGGAGACGGGGCUCAAUCUGUUUGCAUUUUCCUUUCUUUUGGUGGAAAGAUGAAAACGUCUUGGUGUAUUUCACAGGAAGUGAGUGCUUGAGAGAGCUGAGCAGGCUGGCUGCAUGUUUCCAAGAACUGGUCUCAAGAUAUUUUGGUAACACACAUUCUCUCUCACCUCCCCCUUUCACUCGUCCCUGUGCUGUGCUUUCUUUCUCUCUCACGGACACAUACGCAAAUACCAGUCAAUACAGACAGAAGGAACGAGGCCUGCCUGCCUCUUCUUCAGCGGGGGAAGGGAAGCAGGUGCUCUGAUCCGGCUGCCUUCUUCUCUGGGACUGGAGGCCUGUGGUUCUGGGCAAGGAAUGAAGUCUGAUAGGGUGGAAACGGAGGAUACCCGAGCUCUCCCUCAACCCUGGGAAGGAAAUGCCAGCGAGGUCUGAAACCAGGCUUUCAUCGGUGGGGGCGUAGCCCGCCCGAAGGUGUGAAACAAGGAAGCUAAGGAUGCUUCGUUCUUGGACUCAUGGGCCAUGUGGGAGACGUUCGGAGGGAGGGUCGAUGGAGCAGAUCGUCUAGGACCUGGGGGACCCUCUCCCCCGGAGCGGCAGCCGGCGCCUCCCUUCGUCCCAGCUCGGGCCAGCCUGCCCACUCACUAUCGGGCCUUUCGAAACCACGAAUGGGAAGUGGUGCAGCGCGCUCUGCGCAUUCUGCAAGCCACUGACUACUAUUGGGGGCCUCUGUCGGUGGGCGAGGCCCACGCCCGGCUGGAGACGGAGCCCGUGGGCACCUACCUGCUGCGGGACAGCGCCCAGGGGGACUACCUGUUCAGCGUGAGCGUCAAGAUGCCGGCGGGCCCCGUCAGCUUGCGCAUCGCCUUCCAGAAAGGCCACUUUUGGCUGAGACACUUGUUUUCAGACUGUGUCGUGACGCUGCUGGAGAUGGCUGUGGAGGCAACCCGGAGCAACGCCCUUUAUUGUAAGGAGGGCUUCGCUUUGGUUUUCUCCAGCCCGCUAAGAAGGAGCCGGAGCUUGUCCCAGCGGCAGGACUUGGGCCAGCGAAGCCUGGACGCUCGUGAGCCAGCUGUUCCCAGGAUAGAGCACGGCGCCAAGGCUGCGGAGAAGGAGGAGGCCAUGGGCCCCUCCCAGGCUUGGCAGGAGCGGGGCCAGCCGCCCUCCAGGAUUCACCCUCCUGCCCACCAGCAGCCAAAGUAGGCUUGGGAGCCACCUUCUAGACUUUGCUUCUGCCGCUGAUUUUAGCUGUGCCUGGGGACCCAGGCUCUGCACUCCACCCUGCACGGAUGGACGAGGUCCUCUGAGGAGACGGGUUUCAGUGGUAGGGGGUAGGUGGGAAGAAGACUCGUGGUUCCCCUUGAAUAAACCAUUGCAAGCCUCCA